UAGCAGGAUCACGAAUUGCUCGAAUUAGAUGUUGAUGGUGGUGGUGCAGAGUGAGCCGUUUACUGCAAUAGCUGUACCAUAGAGACGACUGCGCUUUCUAAUUCUGCCUUUGAACAAUGGAAGAUAAGGUGUCGAUGCCCGAAGCGGACUUGACCGCGAUUCGCUCAUUACAUUACGGGUGGGUUUUUAUCAAUUUUUUGUGCGGUAGUAUUUUCUCGCUAAGAAGUGUUGAAAUUGAAUGUGGAAAACAAGUAGUCCCGCCUGCACGAUUAUUUUCAUUCUGUGGUAUACAUAGAAAGUAGAAGUGCUAGCGCAAUCUCAAUCACAGGAUACUCGUGACAAAUGAGUCGGAAUCUAGGCGAUAGUUGGGAAUAAUAUGAGGAAUGGAGUAUACUAAAACUACUAGUAUAGCACAAGAACAACUAAAGUAGAGUUAAAGGUAGGAAGUAGUGUAGCAUUACCAGCUGUAGAUUGUAGUCGUGUUUUUUUGGCUCUUCAGUAGCCACUGAAGUCUGCUGGUUUAUCUAGUGGACCCACACCUAACCUAGACUUGGACUUGCCUCCAAUUGCCAGAGCAGCUGCAAGAAAAGGAUGAAAGGUUGCGACUCGCGAAGAAGGAGAUUA